UGAAGCAGUAGCGUUACUUGAAUAAUGUUUCAUUAGAAUCGGUCAUCGAUGGAGUCCUAAAGGUACGUAUGUCUUUCUCAAAAUUUCGUUUGCACAAAAUUAACUUUUUACAACAGCUUUCAUUUGUUUUACUCUCGCAUCUGAUUCACUUCGUCGAUUCAUUGUGUUGUCGAGAUUUGAUGAGCGAGAUCAAUUUGGUUUUCCUUCAGCUAGUGUGAAUCUUCAAGUGGUGUAGAAUUUUGGCCUCGGAGUUAAAUUACCAAACGAUGGCUUUCCAUCGUGGCCCUAUUUCUCACUGAUACUCUCUCUGUUUGAAAAAAAUCGAGUUGAUGGAAGAAAUUUGAUGGACUUCCCGUAAUCAAAUUGCAACAAAAAGCGACAGAGUUUCGCACUUAGCUAAGCAUGAAACGUGUGCUAGCUGUUGGUUGCUAAACUGGACUUGGAUACACAUCCAUUUCAAUAGCAAAAUACUCGCAAUCUAUGAUCGUUUAAGAAAAAUAUUCUUAGGAACGAUAGUUUUCGAGGAGCGAUUCUUUCCUUCUCUGCGUACUUCCGUGUUACUUUCUUAAGCUGUUCGUCAAAAGGUUGCUGUCAUCUCAUCAUCAAAAGUAUUCAAGUUACCCUAGCUUGUACUGUGUUGGUAAGGCAACAGAGGAAUGUUUAUUGUUUAUCUUCAUCGGAUUUUAGAGAGACUGAGGUGUCUCAGCAGUUAGCAAACAGUUAAUUCAGUUAACCAAACUGAGAAGUUUCUCGGAAAGCAAGCACCGAAGGGAAAAAUGGAUUCUUGGCGACAACAAUAUCAGAUCGAAGAUGAAGACGAGGCGUUGGCCAAGGCACUUGAGCUUUCUAGUCUGGAGCAACAAGGGAGUCAAGGACCACAAAGACGAUCAACAGUUGAGCCGUGUCAGACUGAAUUUAAACGACCAGCUGAAGCUUCGGGUCCAGAUUUCAAGAGGAAAACACGGUCGCAAGCUGGAUCCAGGAGGGCAACUCCACUUUGCCUACCAAACAACUGUAAAUGGGAUUCGAGUUCAGGCGAAUGUAUUCAAACAGGAGAAAGGCGAACCUCACUGUAUGUGUUGGAUGAAGCACUUGAAAACCUCCGGAGGAUAAGAGGUCCAGUAUGUGUGGUGUCUAUAGCCGGGCCAUACAGGAAAGGAAAGUCUUUUGUACUCAGCGAGGCGUUCAAUCAACCACAAGUUUUCCCUCUUGGGCAUCACAUGGAAGCGCAAACCAUGGGAAUCUGGUCAUGGAUUGUGCCGGAAAAGUUCAGGGAUGCUAAAGGCCAGGAAUUCACAGUAGUGUUGCUAGACUCUGAGGGAAUUGAUGCCGCAAAUGGGCAAGGACUUGAUGAUAACCAGAUCUUCACUUUAACGGUCUUGUUAGCCUCAGUUUUGAUCUACAAUUCACAAGGCGUUCCAACUAGACAUGAUCUUGAAGGACUAGAUUUCAUUGUGAAACUAACUGAACACAUUGAGAUACAAUCAACAACAAGGCAGGAGACCAGAAGAAGCCAUCGUGACUCAGAGUAUUUCCAUAAGACCUUUCCUUUCUUCAUUUGGUUACUUAGGGACGUUACUCAAGCCAUUCCAACAGACUGCAGCAACAUUAAGGACUACUUUCUGAAAAAGGUAUUUAAAGUUCAGGAUUCCUCAGCUAUUGGCCAAAAAAGUCAGAAAGUUGCUGAAAGCAUCUUAAGCUUCUUUCCAGGUUUUGAAGCAUUCGCUUUACCCUCUCCCACGGUCGACCCUGACGCGUUAAAAAGUAUCAAUGACAACAAACAUCUUAUGAAUCCUUUGUUCAUCAGUGGGUUGGAAGAUUUCAAACGUGUGGUAGGGCGAAUUCUGCUCCCGAAAAACAGCGUUAACGAUGGAGAACUUGUCACUGGAGAAGGCCUUGCAGCACUGGUACAGCUUUACGUCCAAUCCAUCAACACCCCUGGUAUGGUCCCGAAUGUUCAGAACGCCUGGGAUCAGUUUGUAGAGACGAAAUGUGCUGACGCAAUGAAAGAUGCACUUAAUGCUUAUAGAGCCACCAUGGUUUUACAACUGAAGGAUAAGCUACCGUGUGAUAAUGAUCGACUUCGAACUGGUCAUGCACUGGCGUUGGAGAACAGUGAGGCCCAUUUUAUGACGGAUACGAAAAGAAUAUCCACCAACACAAUUGAGAGGUUUCUGAAAAACUUGAAGGAAUCUUUGAAUGAAAGCUUUCACUUAUGGCAAGAGGAGAAUGCAAAAAUGACCAGAGAAUUCUGCAACAACUUGCUCAAAAUGCUCAAAAAGAAGCACCUGGACCCAGUACUACAGCAAUUACGAAGGAAAGAAGGAGUCAAUCUUUCUUUUCAUGAGAUUAUUGGAAAAUAUAAUCUGAUUAAAGAUGACUACCACACGUCUGCCAUCGGCGCAAAUGAUGAAAUUGAAGCGGUGUUUUUUGAGUUUCACCCAGCACUGAUGAAAGAGCAAGAGCAAUACCUUAGUCAGUUGAAACUACUGAAAGACUACGAUGAAAGCUUGACCGAAGAAUUGGCUGCAAGAGCUUUUCAAGAGCAGGAAAAGCAAAAGCUCGAGGAACAGCAACAGCGUUUGCUCCAAGAGAAUCGUGAGGUUAAGAGAGAGAUGAAAAUUUUAAGUGAAAGGCAAAAGGAGGAGAGAGAGAAUUUCCGCGAGCAGAUGGACAAUGACCUUCGAGCCCAGAGAGAACAGAUGGACAACAUGAUGGAGGCAAACAUGCAACAAGCACAGAAAGAAAGAGAGCAGUUUAUGCAAGAAAACCAGGAACUCAGAAACCAGUUCCUGGACAUGCAGAAAAUCAACGAGGAAAACAUAAAGAUGAUAAAGAAGCUGGCUCACUUGGUUGAAAUGCAACAGGAAGAGAAGAUUUAA